GGCAGGGCAGGGUGGGGCAGUCGGCGCUACCUGCGGUCCGGGGGGGCAGGAAGGAUCGCUGUGCGUGGGGCUGUGGGUUUCGUCUGCCACCAUGUUCCAGGGCCCCGAGGCUGACUCGGCCAAGCCUAGCUCCAGAGUUUUGAAGCCCCCUGGAGGAGGUUCUAGUGAUCUCUUUGGGGCUGCAGAAGAAGUUUCUUCUUCAAGCAGGCCCCACCGGAUGGCAUCCAAUAUCUUUGGAGCAUCAGAAGAACCUCAAAACGUUCCAAAAAGAACAAACCCUCCAGGGGGAAAAGAAAGUGGGAUUUUUGAGGAUUCUAGUUCUUCUCAGCCUCGUCCACGGAUGAAUCCACCUGGUGGAAAGACAAGUGAUAUCUUUGGGUCUCCUGUAUCUACCAGUGUUGUGCGAGCACACCCAAACAAGCCAAAGGAUCACAUUGUCUUGAAAGAAGAAGAAACACCAAAGAAGCUAGAAGCUACAGAAAAUACCAAACCACAGCUGGAAGAUGGAGGCGAGAAAAAAGAUCUGGGCAAAGAGGAGCGAUGCAAGGAGCCAGAACCCAAGAUAGACAAUCACGAGCCCCGACUAGGACCAAGGCCACGCUCACACAACAAAGUUCUCAAUCCACCGGGAGGGAAAUCCAGUAUUGCAUUCUAUUAGGGUCGUCUGUUCCCUUUCACUAAUGGAGUCUGCACAGAAACUCUUUUCUGUGGUUGUGAGAUCAGUUUAUAGACCAUUGUUUGUUGAUAGAUUCUUAGGCAGAUGGAUGAGGGUUAUGCUAAAGUGCAUAGGGAGGGUAACCCGAUGAUUUGGGGAGGGAGGGCUGGGGAGGGAAGGGGUGCCCUGUGGAAGAUGUGAGGAUCGGACUGCCUGGGUGGGCAGCAGAGGGGGACAUCAGUGUAACUUUGUGAAAGAUCAGUACUACUUUGUGGUGAGUUCAUCAGACUGUUAGGUUCUUAGCUAGCUAGUGGCUCGGGACACCCUUGUGGAGUCAGGCUUAUCCACACAGUCAACACGUAAAACACUAUGAAUGGGUAGGGACCUGGAGGUCGAAUCUGGAAGAUUCUGAAGCACAGCAGGCAGGCUAGGCCUUCCUCUGGGCAAUAGGCUACGGCUUCACAGUGUGAGUUGACUUGCAGUCACUUUCAUGUAAAUACGUACCACUGGAACAAGUAGUGCUACCGUGGUUUUGAGUGUCUUCAUUCUUGAGUCUUCAGUGCCUGAGUGUCUUCAGUCUUCUCCUUUCUUGCUUUGUAGCACAUGGUUGCUGAUACAAGGACAAAACAUGCGGAGAGUUUCUUUUAUCCUCAUAAACCAUCAUAUGUUAAUAAAUAUGGUCUUCCCCUCCCCAGGGUAUUCAGGCCUUUCUGAUGCCUUCAGUAAUCUGCUGAUUACUACAACUAGCUCUUGACAAGUGCUAAUAUCAAUCCCACAUACUGUUUCAUGUAAGUGCUUCUAGAAGACUUGUUUAAUGUAUCCUGCUUGAGCACUUGCACGUUUUCUGGUAAAGAUGUGGGCACAAACAAUAGCUUUAUGGUGCUCUGUACAGAAGCAACUUAAAGUGUAACAUUACCGUGGAGAAUAUACUGAGGUGCCCAUUCAGCUAGCUUUGACCCAAUGUGUAUAGAAAUGCCUUAGCUUCUGCCAAGGUUUUUAUUUUUUACCCUGCAGAAAGCAGGACUGUUCUCUUCACCACAGUGCUUUUUUUUUUGUUGUUGUUUCUUUUUUUUGUUUGUCUGUGAUGACUCUGUUAGUGAAUUCUCUUGUCUUUGGUCAGCCUUCCAUCUGCCUUUGACUGCCUCAGAUUUUUGGUAAUGUUGGGAGAACUAUGUGGGUUCUCCCCAAACCACAGCUGUAGUUGUUUUGAGACAUGCUGUAGACUAUCCUAGUUUGAGAAACAAAGAUUUCAGCAAUACAAACCUUUUGGUUGUGCUGGCACUCUUAAAUCGUGUUUGGAAGAUGUGCAUCUUUUACACAAGAACUUGUUGGGGAGGGUAGCUCCCAUUGUUUGGUCUCUGAAUGGGCUUUCUGAUCAUGUCCAGAGGUUUGAUAUGUGAAUGUUAACUUUAGGUGCUUAUUGUUCAAUGUAUUUAAUAGUGACUUUUUAAACUUGUCAUAUCAAAACAGUUGUUCAGGUACACCAAAGAACAAGUGGCCUUAUCUGUGUAUAUCUGCUGUUGUUCUAGCCCAGGUUCCCUGGGAACUGCUACUGCCUGAGGGGACUGUCUCUGGGCCAGGUGCUAAAACACUCUGUGAUUAUAGCGCUUACUGGACGGCUCAGUUUGGUUGAUGUCGGAAGUGGUGGAGGACUGCAUAAAGACUUAGUUGCCUUUUCAAAUAGUUAAAAACAUGGGGCAGCGCUAAGGGUAGAAACAUCCACGGAAAGUAGGGUUUUCGAUGCCUUUGUACCUUUCAGAGAGACUUGGGGCUCCCUGUUAUUUGCCCUCCUAGGGAAACGACAGUGAUUCUAACUGCAGCCCUGUAAUGGGUUUAUGUUACUUCCAAACAUGUAUUUCCUAGCAGCCAUUCUUGCGUCAGUGCUCUGUAGCCUCUGGUUGAGUCUCAGACACAUCUGUUGCAAUUUCUUCUGCCAGUACAUGACAGGGUUUAAGAGGCUACCAUGUGGAAAAGUCAGCCAGAGGCUGCUUGCUGCAUUGGAGGGUCUGGUGUAACUGUUGCUGUCUGUAAUACUGAGCUUAGACUUGGCAUCUUUUAGUACCUGAUGCGCAUCGGCUAUAGUGCCUGUCAUUUUAACAGCAACUUCCUGCUAGGCCUUAAAUUCAUUAAACUAUGUUAGUUUUCUUGCAUUUCUUUGGAAUCUAAACCAUGUUUUCAACUCAUCAAGUAAGAUUGAUAAGAACAUUUCUCUGGGACAGGAGGAGAUGGGAAAUAAAAGGAUAAAUGAUGGCAAUCAUCAAUAAACCUCUGAUUUUGUUACUUCA